AAUUCAUCUGCCACGUAAUACAGGCCCAGUAUUCCAUUGUACAUAUUUUGUUUGCGUUUGCGGGCGUUGUUGAUUGAUCGUAUUAGUUCUGCAACUUUACAACAAUUCUUCAGCGAGUUGCGACACCAGAUAACAUGCCUCGGGACUCAGAACGACGGGGAUCAGAAAGACCGCGGGCUGGGGAAAGGAGCCACCAUCAUGAGAGGAAACGAAGGACAAGGAAACCAAGACACCAGACCUCUUCAUCGCAAUCGGGAUCACAGCUAUUGUCUGCAGAUGCGCUGGCACAUCUAGACCGACUCAACCAUCAUCGACCUGUCCAAACAGAAGAAAUCACUCCUAAAAAGACACGACGAAAACGACCAAGGGAGUUCGAAGAUGAGAGAGUAGUGGUUGUGGAGAAGUCAAGACGGGAACAUAAGCGCAAAUCAAGGAGAGCUGUAAGCGGGGUUCUUCUAGAAGAGGGGGAUGGGCGUACCCUGAGAGGGAUGAGAGGUGGUGACAGACGUGAUAAAUACGACAGGUACGACAGGUAUGAGAAAGACGAGUCUUAUGAAGAAGAGCCACCGAAGAGCAAACGGAAAUGGUUAAUCAUUGGUGGAAUUGUGGUACUUCUCAUCGUCAUCAUUGUGGUGGCCGUUGUUGUCAGCCAAAAAAAGAACUCCAAGUCAAGUUCGAGCUCAGCAAGCAGCGAGAGUGGGACACCAUCAAAUUCCAACCUCGACGGCAUAUCAGAGUCGAGUAUUCCUGCUGCAGCUAAAGGGACAUACCUUGAUCCCUUUUCGUGGUAUGACACGACGGAUUUCAACGUCACUUACACCAAUGUUACAGUAGGCGGGCUGCCCAUCAUGGGACUGAAUUCAACGUGGGACGAUUCAGUCAGUGCGAACUCGAAUGUUCCUCCAAUAUCAACUGCCUGGGGUUCAUACGCGGAUAGGCCUGCUAGAGGCGUCAAUCUCGGCGGUUGGUUAUCCUUGGAGCCUUUUAUCACUCCUUCGCUCUUCAAUUACGCUUCAGACCUCGGAAUCAUCGACGAAUGGACUCUGACUACCCAUUUGGGAGCGUCUGCCGCAAAGUCGACUUUGGAGAAGCACUAUGCAACGUUUGUGGGCGAGCAAACAUUCAAAGAUAUCGCUGAUGCUGGUCUCGAUCACGUCCGGAUACCUUUCUCAUACUGGGCCGUUACUACGUAUGACAGCGAUCCAUAUGUGUUCAGAGUAUCUUGGCGGUAUCUCCUGAGGGGAAUCGAAUGGGCUCGCAAGUACGGAUUGAGAAUCAACCUUGAUCUCCAUGGACUUCCAGGUAGCCAAAAUGGAUGGAAUCAUAGCGGUCGACAGGGAACAAUUGGUUGGCUCAAUGGCACUGAUGGUUCACUGAAUGCAAAUCGAUCGCUAGAGAUUCAUGACCAGCUGUCACAAUUCUUUGCCCAGGAUCGGUACAAAAAUAUUCUUGCAUUUUAUGGCCUCGCCAAUGAGCCAAAAAUGACCGCCCUUGUGGUUUCUGAUGUGCUGAGCUGGACAACUAGUGCAUAUGAGAUCAUACACGGAAAUGGCAUCGAUGCCUACGUUGUUUUUGGAGAUGGGUUCCUUGGUUUGUCCAAUUGGCAAGGCAAGCUGACCGGCUAUUCGAAUUUGGUGCUCGACGCUCAUCAAUAUGUCAUCUUCAAUGUCAACCAGAUUGACUUCAAUCAUACUGAGAAGAUUUCUUACGCCUGUACUGACUGGACUUCUCAAUCAGAAGCAAGCAUGAGCACAACUACUGGUUUCGGACCGACCAUUUUUGCGGAGUGGUCUCAAGCAGACACGGAUUGCGCUGUUAAUCUCAACAAUGUUGGAGUUGGAAAUCGCUGGACUGGUACUUACGACUUCGGUGACACGGCCGACCAAGUUCUUAGCCCCGAUUGUCCUACGAAGAACUCUCAGUGUGAAUGUACAGAUGCAAAUGCCGACGCGAGCAGUUACAGCUCCACUUAUAAGCAGUUCUUGUUGAUGUUCGCAGAGGCACAGAUGACGAGUUUCGAGACGGGAUGGGGUUGGUGGUAUUGGACAUGGGUUACGGAAGAUGCUACACAGUGGAGUUAUCAGCUCGGACUGGCUGCCGGUAUCCUACCUGCGAAAGCAUAUGCUCGGGAUUUCAACUGCUCUUCGACAAUUCCUUCAUUUUCGGGGCUGCCGGAGUAUUAUUGAGGGGUGAAUGAAAUGCUAUGGGACUGGAUAUGAUAGAUAUAUGGCUGAAAAGCUUAGAGGUUUGGUCUUCUGCACAGCGAAAUGGAGUUUGGAAUUGCUUCUGUAUUUGUAUAAUGAUGGGAUGCUGGAUGUUAUGGUAUAAUGUUGAUAGCCACGAGCGAUCGUGCUGUCAGCCAAGUGUUUGGUUCGGUUGGUAAAAAGGGGCAGAAGCGAGCCUUGAGUGACAUACCUAGGUAUUUCGUAGAUGAUUAGACUUGUAUGUAGCAAGACAAUUGAACUUUGUACAGAG